AUGAAGAAACUGCCAUUCAAACCCACAGCGUUGCGCAGGCCUGCGCCAGCAACCCAGCCUGAAGAGUCAAAGGACAGCGACGACGAUGGCCUUGCCUUGUUUCGCCGCGCCAAGGAGAUGGCGCCUAUCGUGGCAGCUGAUCGGGAAAGGCGCUUGAAGAAACGUCGGGCUGCCGAGUUGGAAGCCGAACAGCGCCAGCUUGAAGCAUCACAGGUUAAGCGAUCGCAAGAUAGCCCUGAAGACAUGAAAGACGCCGAGCUCAUCAAACAAGAUUCCGACGUCGAUGUUUCUGGCGAUCGCUCUUCACCUGUCCUUCCAAGCCAAGAGGCACACGUUGUAGAUCAGCCUUCAACACAGAACGAAGCUGAUCGCGCUAGUGAACUUGUUACUCCUCCUCCCUCGAAGCGAUCAAGGAUUAGCUCAAGCUCUUCUCAGAUACUAAGUGGACAACUUGAACACGACGAAGACCCUUUCCCAGAUGCACCGCCUACUCAACGACUGUUGGUAUCGCCCACCCCCCAGACCCCAAGUCAGAAGCCAAAGAUGGAGAAUAUUACAACCCGUAUCCUGAAACAUACGAAGCCCAUUACAAUCGACUCGGACUCGGAGUCUGAAGCAGGACCCGCUACGGACAGGCCACGAAGUGACAGUAUCGAAUUCAUCGAUAGUAGCUCAACAAAACCCUUGAGAGAGCCGACAUCACCGGCAGUAGAGGAAGAUGAAUUCGCCGAGUACAUUCGAAAAGCCGAAGAAGAGCGAGCUCGUCAAAGGGCGCUUCAGUCCAACGAAAACGCGGAGCUCAAGAAGGAAACAGUCAAGAUAACGAUUACAAGCAUGAUACCCAAUUCCAGCAUCUUGCAAGUUAAGUACCUAUUCACCAAACCUCUCCGCGUAGCUCGCGAUGCAUGGGUUAAACAUCAGGCGAAGAAGGGUCUCUCUCUUGUUGCCGACGAGGUGGUUCUUACAUGGCGCAGAAAGAAGAUCUACAAUACUUCAACCCUCAUCGGCCUGGGCAUUCGUCCAGCUGGCAGCGGACGUAUUGAAGCCGAUGAUCAAGGCUCAGACGGCUUCCAAAACAACCGGACAGUAGUAGCUAUGGAGGCCUGGACUCUGGACCAGUUUCAGGAGAUGGAGCACAACGAGGAGCUGCAACGAAGGCGUGAUGCCGGCGAGCUGCUCGAAGAAGAGGAGGUCCAGACGCAGGACAGACACUAUUUCAUGAUCGUGCUCAAGGGUCGAGACGUGGAACCCCUUGAUUGCAAGGUGAUGCCCGAGACAACUGUCGAUACACUCAUUGCCGUCUUCCGCAAGCAGCGUCAAAUCGGCUCUGAGAAGGAGGUGUCCUUGUGGUGGGAUGGAGAGCGCCUCGAGGAGCAUAUCGAAAUGGAAGAGGCUGAAAUCGAAGAUCACGACACGAUUGAAGUACAUAUUCAGUGA